AUGGCGAGUCUGCGUCCCGGGCCGGUCGCGCUCGUGCUUUGCGGUAGCUUCAACCCUCCCACAGUCGCCCAUCUCAGGAUGCUGGACCUGGCCCGGGACGCGUUCCGAGAUCAGGGCAUCGACGUCGUCCGCGGCAUCCUGUCCCCGGUCAACGACGCGUACGGCAAGCCCGGCCUAGCGCCCGCGUCGCACCGCCUCGCCAUGACGCGGCUCGCCGCCGCGGCGCACGGGGACUGGGUGGCCUGCGACCCGUGGGAGGCGGAGCAGCCAGAGUACGUGCGGACGCUCGAGGUGCUGCGGCGUGCGGCGCGGGAGCUGCGCGCCGGUCCCGAGCCUCACGCGCGCCCCGUGCUGCUGUGCGGUGCCGACCUGCUGCAGUCGUUCGCUCGGCCGGGAGUGUGGCUCGAGGAGCACCUCAGUGAGAUCCUGACCGGGUUCGGCGUCGCCUGCGUCACUCGCGACGGCUCCGACCCCACGGAGGCGCUGGCCACCGCGACACUUGCACCGCACCGACACGGCGUGCUGACCAUCCACGAGCCCGUGCCGAACCACGUGAGCUCGACGGCGGUGCGGAAGCUCGCGGGACAGAAGCGCAGCGUUGCGUGGCUGGUGCCGCCAACCGUGGCGUCUUACAUCGCGGAGCACGGACUGUACGAGGGGCAGGACGCGACGGCGGGGCGGGGCGGGGCGGGGGGCGACGCGUGGCAGACGGACGCCGCGUGGGCGGCGGGGAAGAAGGGCUCGUAG